AUGGAAGAGCACUGCGACGACCUAGACAGGAUGAUCCCGCUGGGAGUCGGCAACACCCUCGCUGAGUGGGAGUUCUAUCUUCUCCCUACGCCUCUGUAUACUCUUUCGCUGUUCGUCGAGCUGAUCAACGUCGUGACAACAUACAAGAACGCGGGCAACAUCGGUCAAAGUCCAUCGGCAUAUCUGGCCGUGGGCGCACCGCUCAAUGCUGGGGAUACGUUCGGGCCCGUCGUGGCGUCCACCAGGCUCGAGACGGAGAACGAGGUUGCGCUCGCGAAUGACACAGAUGUCGGUCGCGGGCUACUUCAGCCGGGAUAUGGGGCGGGUGUGUCGCGGAGGCGCUUAAGGCUGGUCAGCGUUUGUUUGAUUCCGUUUGGGGGUGUUAAGGAGAGCGGGUUCGGUCACGGCAUUGGGAGCCUAAACCUAUCAGUUAGCGGAUCAUCCGCUGCGACGUCCAGGAGGCAACCCGGGAGCCCGACACAAACAAGAGGUAAGCACCCCCGUCUGGUGGAUGCUAAUACAUCGGCGGCGCGUCUGGCUGUGGAUGCUGGCACGGACCCGGCGGGGAAUGUGGGGAGCAAGGACGCACGAGGGUUGACAUCCACCGCCGCGUCGUCGUCCAAGGUUGAUGUCGUCGGAGGGUCGGCGGCACGCUCUUCGGGCAGAUCCUCGCAAGAUCCUCAUGGACUCCAUCCUCCGCCACCCGCGCAUGCUGGCAAAGCAGGAGGCGCACCAUCCAUCAAGGCGACGCCCACGCGCGCCGCCACGUCGCCGUACCUUGCAUCGGUGCUCUCGGGCAUGCCGUACUCGCCUGUCGAACGCGAGCAGCCGUAUUCUUGCGGUCACAUCGUGAAGCGAGGGCACGGCAGGCAAGACUUCAACGGAAGUCUGCGGCAUGUCCGUGCUCGUGCGUGUACCAGGGGGGCCGACUAG